AUGUGUGGCAACUGUGCCCUCAAUUGCUGGCAGGUGGCAACAUUUCACCCGCAAUUUCCGUUAAGCUGCUUACAUGCUGAGCCCCGUUUUAACCACUUUCUACCGCACUUCAAUUUAACUACAGCUCCAGCCACAUCAACAUUGCCCGCACCGCAGGUAAUUCCACCACGUAAACGCGGCCGACCCAGAACAAAGGUGGACGAUGCGCAGCCAAAACUCAAAUUGCUCGACAAGCUGAAGGCGGCCACAGAAAACGAGGUCGCCAGCAGGCCAGCCGUGUAUGCCUCCACUACCAAAGGUGGCGUGAAACUCGUCUACGAGGGGCACUUGUUCAAGUUCUCGUUCCGUAAAGCUGAAUUCUCGGUGUUCCAAUGCUGCUUCAGGGAGCAUGGCGAGGAGUGCAAAGUGCGCGUGGUGUGCGACCAAAAGAACGUCUUUCCCUUCGAUGGAGAACAUGUGCAUUUCAUGCAGGCCAGCGACAAGAGCGUCACCUCCUCGCAAUUUAUGCCGGGCGAGAGCGCUGUCAGCGUGGAGCCCAAGCCAGAACCAAAAGUCGAGAUUGUCUUACAAAAGAGCGUAGCGAAAGCGGAUGCCGAGGAUGAGGAGGAGGAGGACGGCGAAGUAUUCGAAAUACAUGAAAUUGAAGAAGCUGACGCUAACGAAUCCACGGGCACAGAAACCGCUGCUGGAGAAGAGGAAAAUUCCAAUAUAAAACCCACAGGCGAAGAAAUCGAUCCAAAUGAUUUUCGCGAGAAGAUCAAGCGGCGCCUGCAGAAGGCGCUGCAAAACAAGAAAAAAUAACUAAAAGCUGAGAAGUCUGACGGCGCCAGUGUUGCCAAUCCAGCUAUUUUCCAGCUAAAAUAUAGCUAUUUACGGCAGUUUAAGCCUUUAACUGAUUUAUGCAAUACUUUUACCAUCUCAUCAUUUGGCAACACUGGUCGGCACCGCAGUGCCUACACGCAACUACACAUACAUACGAUUUACAUACAUUUUACUAUACACUAUAUACUUAAAAUAAUCACGACAACGUUUCAAGGCAAUUUGCAAGCUACACUUAAUUCUUUUAAACAACAAUUUUUUGUAACAAACAUUGAGGACAAUAAAGCCGCGAUUCCAUAUUAAA